GUUGAAACUAAUGCGUUGAGUCAGUUGAAUGAAUCCACCGAGGUGGUUCGAUCCUGCGACGCAAGCACCUCAGGCGAGAACUCAACCGACUGAGCUAAAUCCCGCCCCGUGUCGGCUACUGGGUGUGAAACAAAGAAGAUGGCCAAAGCUCGAAUAACAUUUGAUUUCAAACAACAAUGUGAAGAAUCCAGUAGCGAGGAAGAAAAUUCUGAUACGUACUUUUUCAGAGAAACAAAGAAGCCUGCAGUGGUCACUCGUAGAAAGGUGAAGAAUGAAGUACCUGUUGCCGGUUUCAAACAGAAAAAAGGCAAGAAAAGUAAAGGUGGUAAGAAAUCGGUGCUUUGCACUUACUACAAAAUGGGCCACUGCACCAGAGGAAAAAAGUGCAAGUUUUCACAUGACCUUAACAUCACAAAUGAUGGUGGCAAUACAACAUCGGUGCCCUGUACUUUCUACAAAAAAGGUUGCUGUGCCAAGGGAGAUAAGUGCGCGUUUUCUCAUGACGUCAGUAAAAAGGGUGGCAUUCGGAAAUCGGUACUUUGUACUUACUACGAAAAAGGCCACUGUACAAAGGGAGAUGAGUGCACGUUUUCUCAUGACCUCAACAUCAUUUACAAUGGUGAAAAGAUGUAUGUGGCUGGCCAAAACAGGAAUCGGCUGAAAAAGCAUGGAAUACUGACUCUACGAAAGGACUUACAGGAUUCUGGUCAGCCUCUCUUCUUGUGCAAAUUGUGUAACAUCUACAUGAGGGAAAAUGACGUCUGUCUUGAACACAUGUCCGAUGUUAAACAUUUACAAAACAAGGAAGUGGCUGAUUUUGAGAUUAUGAAGAGUUCUAUGUCAGUUCCAUCACACACUCAUCUGUAUGUGUUGGGUUCUGCUGUGGAAAGUGUUUUCCGUGAGCAUGGUUUAACUCAACAAGAUCUUCAAACACGGCUCAGAAUUGUUAAAGAAGUCAAUUUUUUUUUUGCAAAGGUGUUCCCAGAUGCCUGCCUUCAAAAGUAUGGGUCGUUAGUCACAGGCUUUGGAGUGAAGUCCAGUAAAAUCAGUAUGAACCUGUCGCUGUCCAGUGCAGACACAGUUCCAGAACACCUGUCUGUUGUUUAUGGCCUCCUUAAAUCCUCAGAUGGAUUGUGGGAGAAUGUGCACUGUUACUUUUCAAAACACAGAGAAGCUGUUGUCUUCAACCAUCCCCAGACUGGAAUUGAGUGCCAGAUAUCUGUGAAUAGUAAUAAGGCUAUUCAAACUACUCACAUCCUUUAUGAAUAUGGCACCAUGGACCCCAGAGUUAAACCCUUGGCUGUUGCAUUCAGAUACUGGGCCACGGUCUGUCACUUUGUCAACCAAGAGAAGAAGGUAGUGCCAGCAUGUGCCACAAAUCUCAUGCUUUUAUUCUACCUACAGCGUACACGUCCACCAGUGUUACCAGCAGAACCUAAGAGUAAAUAUUGGAUGCCUCAAAACAUGCAGAGUUUGGGGAAGUUGUGGCUCGGUCUUAUCAACUUCUACAUCAGUGAGUUUGACAUGGAAGAAGAGGUGAUCUCCAUCAGACCACACUGUAUGAUAAAAAGAUCAAAAAGCCAAAAAUACCAACACUUGAUCAUAGAAGAUCCAUCUAUCCAGCAGAAUGUUUGCUCAGUUAGUGUCCACAGACUUGAAGAGGCAUUACGAAGAGCUUAUCUAUACUUUGGCUCUCCACCACACGAUGACUUGUGUUAUGAAUUUACAGAGGAAACUUUGACAGAUGGCAAGGGUCCAUCCAUUAUCUGUAAACACUGUCAAAUACAAGGUCACCACAUAACAACAUGUCCUGAUCUUAAUAUUCGUGAACUGAAGCCAUUGCCACCACUGGACAAAUGUUUUUAUGAUCAGCUAGGCAGAACUUUGGAGCAGGCAACAGACAACUUUGGUCUCACAGAUGAAGAAAUAAAAGAACGAGAAAGGAUUGUUGCUGAGCUCGAAGAGUUGAUUAAUGACACAAUAUUUGAUGAUGCAGAACUUGUCUUGUUUGGGUCUACUUACAAUGGAUUUGGUUUAAAAAGGAGCGACCUUGACAUCUCAAUGACAUAUUACUCCGAACCUUCAGGCGAGGACAUGGAUUACGGUUCUAUUGUGAAUGACCUUGCCGAAUGGUUGGAAGAGCAGGAUGGAGUUUGUAACAUCCGGGCCAUUCCGACGGCCAAGGUUCCCAUUGUUAGGUUCAAGCAUGAAAGGAGUGGACUGCCAUGUGAUAUCAGUUUGUACAACACACUUGCGCAGAAUAACAGUCAGUUGUUGGAGAUGUACAGUCAUGUUGAUCCCAGAGUUAAAGUACUCGGCUACGCUUUCAAGAAGUUUACCAAGGUGUGUGAUAUUGAUGAUGCUGCACAUGGGGGUCUAUCAUCGUAUGCCUACAUUCUGAUGUUGAUUCAUUAUCUCCAGCAGUGUCAUCCUCCUGUACUUCCCGUCCUACAAGAGCUUUAUGAUGGGGAUGUGAAACCAGUGAAAAUGAUCGACGACUGCAAUGCCUGGUUUUUUGAUGACCUCGAGAAACUGCCUGCUGUCUGGAAAGACUAUGGCACAAACAAACAGAACGUUGGAGAGUUGUGGCUCGGUCUGUUUCGAUACUACACCGAGGAAUUCAACUAUAAGGAGCAGAUUGUCUGCAUCCGGCAGAAGCUGCCCAUGCUGAGAUUUGGAAAACACUGGAGCACCAAGAGUAUAGCAAUUGAAGAUCCUUUUGACCUUGAACAUAAUCUUGGUGGUGGCCUUUCAGGAGGAAUGAACAGGAACAUUUUUGACGCUUUUGUUGAUGGUCGACAGUUCUAUGGAUCAGCAGAAAUAUCUUUGUCAAAAGAGAACUUCUUUGAUGUUCCAAAGAUGUUGGGCGAGCCUUCAUCAUAAAAUUUGCUGUCCUGUGUGGAAUCAUAUAAGACAUACAAACUGAGAACAAAUGUCACAGGGUCAGCAAGUAAAGAUAUUAAAGGAGCUUGUUCCAAUGUGUGAAAAUUUUACAAGAACAAAAGACAUGGAUUUUUGUGCAAUUCCAGAUUUUUACUCUUACAUGCACCUGGAAACUUCAAGAUACUGCAAAUUUUAUAUAUAUAUAUAUAUUUAUUUUUUGUAAUCUAAGAGCCUUUCAUAUAUGUGUAUCUCAUAAUGGAACUGCUGCAUAUAUAAUUAUGCUCUUGUGUGUACGAUGAGUUCGUGGGAAGUAUUACAAAACCUCAAGAGAGAAGGGAAUGAGGUGUUUGUUCAGGUCAAGACAGGUGUCUAAGAAUUGAACAGAUUUUACCGGCCUCGGUGGUGCAGUGGUUAAGCCAUUGGACUACUGGCUGAUAGGUACAGGGUUCAUAGCCCGGUACCGGCUCCAACUCAGAGCGAGUAAGGCCACUACACCCUCUUCUCUCUCGCU